AUGGAGAAGAUUUAUGCUAAUGUUAGAGCGGACACCGUGAAGGUUUAUCAUGACCCCAACAUUGAGACCAAGAGCGUCACCCCCAGGGGUGUGCCAGGAAGGCAACCAUUCGGUAAGAUAAAUAUACAACACCCACCCUUCAAAAACUGGUUUAGUGUGUGGAAAGCUGUACCAGAGUAAACUGUAAGUUAUAUCUGUCAUCCUCAGCAAAGAGUCAUCUCAGAGCUGUUGCAGUGUGUCUGGGGCUACUGUGUGUUCUUCUACUGGCUGGGAUCAUAGGAUUUGGUGUCCACUGUGAGUUUACCCAGUUUUAUAACAUUGAUAGUCUGGUUGUUUCAGUGUGAGCGUUUUUGUCAUUUACAUUUUUUUUUUUUUGCAGACAACAGAGUGGCAGGUGACUUUGAGGAGGAGCAAACUCAGCUACAGAUAGAGAGAGACCAGCUAGAGGGAGAGAGAGAUGACCUUCAAAAUAAAUGAUAUUUUCUGGGUAAGUUAGUUAUUCUUAUCUGGCCACAGACUUUUGACUAGUUGGAAUUCGAUCAUACACACAAUAAUAAUCUUGAUGUUUUGUAAUUAUUAUUGUAAUUAGUGUUACUGGGUCCGUGGGUUUAUGAGUAUAAAGCAGCUUGCUACAUUUCACAUGUUCUCCUUUGCUCUUCAACAGAGCAACAUUUUCAACUGGGAUGGAGUCAUUUUGGAUCCAGUUUGUACCUCUUCUCCAAUGUGACUAGAACUUGGGAGCAGAGCAGACAGCACUGUCUAAGGAGAGGAGCAGACCUGGUAACCAUAAACAGCAGGGAGGAACAG